AUGGAUUCUUGUUUUAUAUGUGGUUUCCUUUUCGUCGCCUUGACGUCUUGGGCAUUAGCAGACGAUGGACAGUUGACCUUUGUAUCAGAGCUCUCGUCCAAACCAGCUCAGAAGUUGUCAAAGUAUGGUUGGUAUGGCAACGUGAGGCUGCAGAGGUUUCAUAUACCAGAGGAAACCGCCAUCGCUCACUGGCUGUUUAUUGUCACCAAGGGCCACACCUUCCAAUGUGGACAGCACAAUGUCACCAUCCAUGUUCAAUAUGGUGCCCCUCCAGUUAUAAAUCCAGUAGGGUCGGUGUUUCCCAAUGCAACGCUAUGGAGCCCCUGUCUGUCUCUGAUCCUACCGGUGACAUCACACGGCUCCACAACCUUUAACCUCUCCAAUCCAGCUCCCGGUGAUUGGUACGUUGGUGCCCACUUGCCUGAAGAUGAUGGGCGCAUAGAGCAGAAGGGCUUUCCGUCUUGCUCGUACUUCUUCCAGCCUCAGCUAUCAGUCAGGAGAGCGGUGGACACACCUAUUUUACAGCAGGGCACAUUCCUCCAGCAGACUGCAGCUUCUGACAGACCUGCACGCCUUAAGUUGUAUGUUCCAGAGUUUGCCUCCUCUCUCUCCGUCUCUGUGGCUGACUGUUCAUCAGGUGAGGGAGCAGACAGCAACAACUGUUCACUGGUCCUCAGGCUCGGCUCCACCUCUGUGCUGCAGCGCCCAUUAACAGUGAACUGCUCAGGGAUUGGCUGCUUUGCAGCUCUUUACAACCCACCUUGGGAUACCUGGUUACGAGUUGUUGUGGAGAGUAGCCUCGACAACCGUACUGUGACCUUUAGUAUCGUCUCCAACUACACAGUGGGAUGUAAGCCAAAAAGUGUAGGCCUUAAAGUAGAUGAUGACUUCAACAAGCUCCGUGGCAACAGCACCAAUACCAAGUCAACAUCAGCAGGCAACAACUCAGUGACUAUAGACGCAAUCACUUUUGGCAAUGAAUCAGCGUCACUGUUAACACCAUUGUCGGCGUGUGUGUGGAGCAUCCCUGUUCUCUGCGAGGAGGUGGAUGUUCUGUCGCUCCGAUUCACUCCUGUCAAUGGACCAAAUGUCAGCGUUACAGAUACACACCCCACACUGCUCACCUACCCCCUGCACACACAAGCCACCGGUGGUACACUGAACCUACAGCUCACACUCAACACUACUAAUGUGACUCUGGCGAACAGCAGCAGUGUAGUGGCCUGUCUCUCUCCCUGGGCUCCAGUUCUCCAACUCAACCACUCUCAACCCUGUCGCACAGCUUUGUUUGCAGGGUAUGGUGUUCAUGUGAAUGCCAGUGUUCCUAAAGCUGUGGUCAGACUGCCUUUUCCCCAGUCAGCAACAUGGUACCUCACCCUGCAGCUUGUUUGCAACAGUAGUGACUGUGGCAAUACAUCAUUGGUGUCUGUGGUGCCAGAGGUGUUCAUCAGUGCCUGUGUAGAGGACUGUGGGACAUACGGGGAAUGUAGACUGCUGAGAUCCUACAGCUACCUGUACGCUGCCUGUGUCUGCAAGGCUGGUUGGACUGGUUGGGGCUGCACUGAUGAUUCAACAGCUCAGUCGUACUGUCGCCAGUUGACGGCAACUCUGCUGCUCACGCUCAGUAACCUGUCCUUCCUGCCUGCUAUCGUGGUUGCCAUCAAACGCUGCUACAUCACUGAGGCCUCUGUUUACCUCUUUACAAUGUUCUUCUCCACGUUCUACCAUGCAUGUGACCAGCCAGGUGUAGCCGUAAUGUGUAUAAUGGACUACGAUACCCUACAAUACUGUGACUUCCUGGGUUCAAUCUGUUCCAUCUGGGUCACCAUCCUGUGCAUGGCUCGCAUCAGCGACACAUUUAAAUACACUCUGUUUAUGCUCGGGGCUCUGCUGAUAGCCAUGUCAAUGCAGCUGGACCGCAAAGGCCUGUGGAACCUGCUGGGCCCCGUGCUCUGUGCCAUACUGUUCAUGGUCACUGCCUGGGUGUACCGAGGUGUGCGGCGACGACAUUGUUACCCGCCCUCUUGGAAACGCUGGAUCCUCUUCCUAAUCCCGGGGGCAAUCUGUGCCCUGAUCGGGGUAUGUUUGUACAUUUUUGCAGAGACCGAGGUCAACUACUACUACACACACUCGCUGUGGCACAUCCUGGUGGCCAGCUGCGUUGUGUUCCUGCUACCGCCGAAAGAGAAGAACAGGGAGGCGUUGGGCUGGAGUAGGGGCGUGACCUGGGACUGGAGCUGGAGACCCCGGGUUUGUGGGUACACACUCUGUCAGAGCGGCAAGGAUGAACUCUACACUGUCACAUAAUAGGACACGAGAUUUUCUGUAAAGAAGUAAAGUGGCAAGGCAGUGAUUGUGAAACAGCACUGCAAACAUUUAAUUGAGAUAUAAAGACACAAACAAACACAGGGUGUAUGCUCAUUUUGACAAAAUCUUACACAUUUUUAAAGACUGACAUUUUAAAAAUCAAAUGUAGACCUAUAUUCUCAUAGGUCUACUAUGUCCCUGUUCACAUUUACAGAUGGUUGAAAACUCUUCUUUUAUUUGAAUAAAUAAAAAAGAUUUGUAAAAGUCUUAAAUUAGCUUGCAGACAUCCUGAAACACACACACAUACACGCAUACACAAUUUAACCUAAAUCGAAUCUGCUGAAACCUCCCUGGUGGUCCAUUCCACAAGUUUAGGUAUAGUCUAUAUCCUUCACGUUCCACUUCCGGGAUUGCUCUGGUGCUCUUUGUGUUGGAAUUUUAAAUUUGGUGGAUUUAUGAGGACUAUUGUUGACUGCUCCUUAGAUCUCUGCAGGGUAAAUUGAGACAGCUAGCUAGACUAUCUGUCCAAUCUGAGUCUUCUCUUCUGCGACUAUUUUGCAACGGCUCUGUGCAGAGUUUAGCACCGCCCAUGAUGAUUCUGAUUGGUUUAGAGAAAUGCCAUCAAACCAGAGCACGUUUUCCUCCCAUCGCAGAAUGCUGUGUGGAGUCAGACUCUUCUUCAGUGCGCUUUGGGGGAGGGUCUGGAAAUUUCAGACUAGCUUAGGUUGGAACAGCAAAACCUUCAGGUAGCAGACCACCUGGCCUUUGAACUCAUGACCAGACAUUUGUACAUAUUGUGUAUGUACAUAUAGGCUAGGAAAUCAAUAUUUAAAAUAUUUAUUACUGGAAUAGCACUUUGUUGCGCUCUUUUAAAUCUUUAUAUUCAGCCUCUCAUUGAGUCUGCUGAUAAAAUAUACUAUAUUUGUAGUUGAUGUAAACACGCCUCAUUAUUGUAUCCUAGAUAUUGUCAUUUUCCGUGCAGGCCUGAGCAAAAUUAAGAAAUUCUUUCAACUUUUCUUGGAAGGAUUUAAAACCUAUUAGGUGCUUUUUCUGCUUACCACGAUUCUCAUGCCUUCCUAUAAUCCACAUCUAUACAUACUGUACUGUACAUGGCAGGAGGUUAUUUUCAUGCACGGAUUAACUUGACUCAGUGUCCUUUCUGUUUUGUCUACUCUCCACUUCUCAUUUCCUCUGUUCAUUUUGCCUCUUUUAAACCUUACCAGUUCUUACUUUUCACCAACACUCAUUCUGAAGCACUUUUAUAAUUAUAAAGCUAAUAAUGUUCUGUACAUAGGGAUGGGCACUAUGAAUGUAUAUUUAAAUUAUUGUGUCCAGUGCCUCCUCUUCACCGUGAUAAUUUUGCACAGGUUCAAAUUGAACGUUUGUCACUUUCAUUUAUAAAAUAUUUGGGGGUUUUUCACCCUUGUGUGUGAGACUGUAAAUCACUUAAUUCAGUUGUCACGAUUAAGUAGGAGUAUGAAAUGCAUUCUACCACUACAGCUAACUGUAUCUCUCAUGCGUGUAAAAAGGAAGAAAUGUAAUGUUCAAUGAAAAACAGGAUUUCACGUCCUUGUACUGGAAAGCUACACUUCAGUCUGUUAAAAAAAAUCCAAACCUCAUUUAUCCCACCAAGAAUAAAUCUAUUGUAUACAGAGAA